UCCAUAUUAAUUCUUUAUUUUGGGCUAUAAUAUCUGGAACUAUCUUUAAUUGGUUUGCAACCCAAUACUUUUUAACAUCUGGAAUGCCCAGCCCUCCUUUUUUUUGGUGAUUCAUACCAUAAGUUUCAGGAGUCUUUAUUAUUUGGAGAUGUAUUAAUAUGUUUGUGUAUACACACACAUCUUUGAAGAGUCAGGAUACCCAGAGUCUGUUCUAGUUAAGGUAUAUUUUGCCAUAAAGGUCAGGUUGUUUUCCAGGGAAGAAUGAAUAAGAUGGAUGAUGAAUUCUGCUGGUGUAAUGCAGUCUGGUUUGCGUUUGUGAUUAUUGGCCUUGUUCAAAAGGCUACAGUCUCUUACUUCUGGUUUCAUGUUUAUACCUAUAAGAUGUUCAUAAGUUUUAACAAUCUGUGUGAAAGAGUGAAGUUCAAAGGGCUUGUUUUGAAAACUGGUUGCUUAUCUUCUCUGCACUGCUAAGGUUUGGUAUAUUCAUAAGGGAGUGGUGCUGUUUCCACAUCAUUUCCACAGUAAAAGUGUUGCUGUGAUUUUUAUUUCAAAAGCUCUGUUUAGGAAGUGUGUAAGCUUGAAUGGGUUUUGGGAAGUCAGCCUCAUCCAUUCGAAAGAGGAAGGCUCUUGCAACCCCGUCAUCACAUGUGUCUGAAUAAUUGACUGUAAACAUCAUCACUGUUCCUUGGUGUCUGAAGCAACGUUUCUCACACAACCCCGUUCUAAAACUGUAUUGAGAAAGGGCCAAGAAUUUGAGUCCUGUCAUGAAGCAGUGGCUGUGCUAUUUCCUUGGCCAGCAAUUCCGUAAACACUCAAGAGCAGGUGGCACUUGCAGAAGCAGAACAUUAGUGCAGUAUACAAAAUCACAUGCUCUUUUCAGAUGCUACAGGCCUUUUGCUGAACUGGCCUUGUCGGUGAGGUGCUAUUUUCAUGUUUUUGUUAUACAAUGAAAAGGGUGUAGGCAAGAGGGUAUGUAGGGUGCUGGGUUAUGGUGUGGAUGUAUUGCUUAGAAGCAAUAAAAUGAGACCUUAAUUCUGUUUGCUCAGCAUUUGAAACAGGAGACUAUGUAUUAGGGACUGCAGGGAUCUCAACUGAGGAUUUGUUGGAGUGAUAUCUAGUCUAUUUCUAAUUAAGUUGUUUGUUUGAACCCAUGUACCUUGACUAAAUGUUAAACAUAAUGAAAGAUGAACAUCAUAUGACAUGGAACUGCCCUUUCAAGUCUUUUCUUUCAAGUCAAUUGAGUUAAUUUCUAUGGGCAUCAGUUUUCUCAAUGCUUUACAUACUAUGGGUAUUCAUAGUUAAUUUGAAAAAAAUAUGUAGGGUUUCAUAGAAAGCAUUUGCUUUUUGUUUUAUUUCUUGUGUAUUCCUGCUUCAUGACCUAUUGAUUGAUUGACCAAAAAAAUCCCUAAGGUACAUAGAGUUUUCAGUAUUGUUUUGGGAAAAAAUGUGGUUCUUUUGUUGUUGUUUUGAAUGUAAAUUAAAUGAAGGUUACUCAUUGAGUGUCCAGCAUAUGCACUUUAAAGUUAGAACCAUCUAUGUUAUCAUCCUAACAUGUUCCAUCCUUCUUGAUUAAUGUGCUUGUGAGGAGAUGGCUGCUUAGGCUGGAAUGUCCUUAAUGCUUACCUGGAAGUAAGUCCUCUUGGGGGCUUAUUUCUGAGUAUAGAAGUAAGUAUAGAAUUGGGUGGCAAGUGUAGAAUUGUGUGGCAAGAAUCAUUAAUGAAUGCUUCAUUAAUUAUUGUUGUAAGUAUCUUUUGUUAUCUGACACUUGGUUUUAAGAUUUCCCCCCAUGCUGACAGCUUACAUGUUUCUGUCAAAUGCACAGGCAUUUGCAUUUGACUGUAUGUAGUCAAAGGCCAUUGUAAUAGAAUAAUUAUGUAUAAGCAAAAUUUAAAACACAUGAGUUCAAUAAUAAAACAGAAAAUAUUAUAAAAUAAAAUGCAAAGAUCACCUUUACACACUGAACCAUACUACUGUGGUGAAUAUAAGAAAUAAGAAAGGAAUGAGCCCUACAUUAUAUACGAAUUCUGUAUUUAUAUAUUAGAGCUAUGGAAAUUGAACAGGAGUGUUCUUAGCUGUCACAGCAGAUAGGGCUAUCUUGUUCCAUCACGAAAUUCUGCAAUGUUUGGUCUGAAUAGUGCUGAAAUACAUAGCAGAUUUUUUCCCUUAGAGUCCAGAUAAAAAAGGGCAAAAUGACAAAUAAUCUUUUGCAUUUACAAUCUGCUUACAACCGGAUAGAUGUUUUUCUCUGCUAGUGGGAAUUCCUAAGUGUUCCUUCUUUCUAUCAUUUUUGAUCAGCUGAGAUGGCCUUCUUGCUAAUGCCAUCUGUGUAUCCCAAAUGUUAACAGCAAGGGAAUAUUGUAUGGUGUUCUUGUACCUCUGUUUGGGAAUCCUUUUUCUCUUGAGGUGUGAGUACUUUCCAGAAGAAACUGCUUUGCUUGGACUGUCUUCCAGUGAUUAGGAUCAAUGUUUUAAGGGGUAGGUGGUUUAGUGAAUGUUUUAACUUAAUUUUAUUAUACUUGUUGCUAAAUUUCUAAGCUUCGCAAAGAUUAGGGAAACUGUUGUCAUCUCCCUGUUACUUUUGUUGUUCCUGUGAGGUUUUUAGUACUGACCACUAUCUUUGGCAGGAUGGAAGGUACACUGGAUUUUGUUAUCACUUGGCACUGCCUUGUUGGCCUUGAUACCAUUAUUUGUGCACUUUGCAAUUGCUUUUGCAGUGGGGGAGAGAUUCAAAUUCUCCUGUCUUCAAAUACAAUGUAGGUUUGUGCACUCAAAUUCCAGUGAAUCUUAUAGGCAUUUGAGUAGUCAUAACACUGCAGAGGCAUGUCAACUCUGUUGUUCACAAGUUGUUUUGUUCUACAAUCUGAAAAUGUGUUUUUCUGCCAGACAGGAAAGUGUCGGUGUGACUGGUAAGCAAGGUGGGAAAAUGCAGCAUGUACAUUUUAAGUGUCCCUGAGCUCAGCAGUCUCAAACCAUCUGUGGAGGGGGCAAGAGACUUGCUAAACAGCAGUCUUGGGUGACUACGGACUAAAAUACUGCUAGUACACAGGUGAAUUGUUGCUUUGGUUGGUGGUAUUUGUGGAUGUGUCUAGAAGAGCAAAGAGAGCAAGAAAAGAAUCAGGGAGAUUCUGGCUGAAGGCACUUCAAAAAUUGAGUUCCUUUUAUAUGAAACUUCAGACUAGAAUACAAAGCACUGGCUGCUUGCACAAAGAUGUAAGUUUAGGUUUCAUGGGAUAUAGAAGAGCAAUGACUAAAGAGCAUGUUAUACAGCAAUAAAUCCAGAAUUUAUCUGUUGUUUGCAACAUUAGAUAUAUUGAUCAGUAAUUAGAUAUUAGUAUAGUAUUAUGUAUUUUAUCAGUAAUUUUAAAAUAAUGUUUAUUAAGAAACUGUUAGGCUAAAUUAUAUUGUAUAAUGUAACAUACAUGUUCAUAUUUGUAUAAGUGAAAUACAGUUCUAUAAUCUCAUAUUGUUUAUCUGCAGGAUUUUUAUAUAAAGGACUACUUUAUCAGUAUUUUUAUCACCAAGCAUUUAAAAGGAUUGCCAUGCCUUGAUUACAUUCUGAUUGUCUGGCUAUCUCAAUAUUUUUUUCUUUAAAGAUUGUUAAAAUUAUGGUAUUGUUGCAGGAUAUGCAGAAUGGAAAUUUCCAACAUCAAAAAAGAAUGGAAAGUUUUAACAUUUCUUAACUAAAGUAGAAAGUAGUUUACUAUUCUUUGACUUUAAAGCAUCAUGUUCCAGAAUUUCCUUGAUGGAUUAUUGUAGACAAUAGUUUAAAAGGCAUUUAUCUUUUUAUGGAUGCCACGAAACAUUCAUACUUGGAGCACUUGGGUACCUAAUUCUGAAAGGCAACUAAAGAAAUAAGCUAGUUGUUUAUUUGUUCCUUUUUAUUAUGCCUCUUUUUUAGUGCAGGGAGGUAUAUUUUGUAUUUCUUGUAAUUUGGCACAAGGUUUGCUUUUCAAUGGAACUUUUUUCUAGCAUUCCACUAGACCUUAGAGUUCAUUAGCCUCUUCUUGGCACAAGGCUGGCUGAUAGCCUGACCUUUAGGAUUUGUUCUGUCAGGCAGCUUUUUCAUCCUAGUAAGCUGCAGAUGUGUUGGAUUACAGUUCCCAGCAUGCCCUGGCAGCUAUAGAGUCUUCCAUAAUUAUGAUUGAUCUGCAUCUGAAUAGGAAAAAAACAUGAUUUUCUCUCAUUUAAUGUCUAAUCUGACAAAAUGAACUGCAGCUUUUAAAAUCAAACCUUAUAGAAAAUAGGUCUGCUAGAUCAUUUCCCUUUUCUCCUCACAAUUUUAAAUUGUUUCUCAUAUUCCAUCUUAACUGCCUAUAAUUGCUAAUGUGGCAAUGCCUAGUAACCAAGGACAAAACUGCUUGGUUAGUUGGCCUGGCUGCUACCUCUGUUAAUAUGGAAUAGAAAGUAUCCUAGCUGAAGGUGUAUUUGCUAUGGAACUCAUGGAUGUAUACCCUAAUGCAGCCAGGUUAAUGUUUUUGGUUCCAUUGAAGUAGUUUGAGGCUGGUACUGAAACUAUAGUUCAGAGUUCUGAACUGAUGUAGUGGAACUGUGGAUAAUCUUAGAACAAUUCUACUCUGUAGUUUUCAAAUUCGCAGCCUCUCCACUAAAGUGGAAGUGAUGGUGGGAAGUUGAUCCUUUGACAGGCUGACAGAAGCACUUUAUUAUGUAAGCAGUCCACAUUUGAGCAGUGGGGGGUUUGGAGACCCUUUUUCUGUUUUCUUUCUCUCAGAUGCUUGCCAAGAUGUUGUCUCUGCUAUUGUUCCUGUGGCAUGGAUGGAUGCUUGUUUCUGCUACCUGGAAUGAAUCUGCCAUCCCUGUAAGGCUGUGGGCCUGUUCACCAAAAGGAAAAGUUGCUGAAUCAAAGUUGCUAUGCCGUAUGCAUGGAUUGUAUGCAAACAGAUCCAACCAUGCUGUGUUCCAGAACCUGUACAUGUUCCAUGCUGCCUCGGACUUGAUCAGCUGUCACUGGAGAGACUUAGCCAAUUGUACACUUAAGAGCAGCGGAGAAAUUGGACAUUUUUGUUAUGACAUGCAAAAAGAUAAUUUGAGUUUUCGCAUACCUGUUUCUUGCCGACCUUUGCCUACACACUUGGACUCUCAUUCAGUCAGAAGUAACUUCACCCAGGAUAGUUUAUGUGAAGUUGCCCUAAUUUCUGCUGCUGUAUGGAAACCUGGUGCACAGUUGCAUGUAAGAGUAAUUGUUGGGACUCAGAACAUUAGGUUUCCUGGAGAUCAGUUGCAGCUGUCUUUGAUUUCACCUUCAGGAAAUAACAGCACUUACCUAAUUGUGAACUGGGAAUUACAGGAGUGGGAAUUAAAGGGAACUGACUUAAUUAGACAAGGUCCACCAGAUUGGGUAGUGCCAAUCAGGGGAACAUACUGUGAGCAGCACAUGUCCUCAGUUAGGUUUCAAUACUAUGGGUAUAUUUCUAUUACAGAGGAAAUGAGUGAGCAAGGUUUGUAUCGGGUGGAAAUGGGUUCUCAAAACAAAACGGUUCUUAAUUUUAACCCACUGAUCAUGAACCUUCUCCCACUACGUCAUAUGAUGAACCCCAUUGUUGGGUCUCAUGUACUAAAACUGGAUCAACCUGAGCAAAUCGUCAUGCACCCCCAGACCUCUCUGAAGGAGGUGCAGAUUCAUUUUGAGGGCUUAAAUGUGUCACAGAGAGUGCCUCAAUGUGCUCCCUUCCUUGGGGUCAGUCACAGAGGUUGGGUGGAAUGGGUUAAAAUGUGGGAAAGACCACACCAGGGGGGAAGAAUUAAAAGGGAAUUCAAAGAUUGGCUUGGGCCCUUGGGAGCAGCAGUUUCCUUCAUAGAUGCUGCCAACAUAGAAGUAUUAGCUAAUAAACUUUCAUAUUCCACAAAACAGAUAGGGAAGUUGACUGCCCCAUUAACUAAAUCUUUCUUGCAACUUACAGAACAUCCAAGAGCUAUCAGUAAAGUGCUUCCAGUCUGGGAAGAAAUGUUAGAAAAUGACAGCAUUAUGAUAGUGUCUGGAAUUCAGUCCCUCCAGAACAAUAUUUCAUUGGCUCUAGCGUGUGAACAGGCACAAGCAAUCACACAGAAUGUAGUCAUGGGAAUAAUUCGAGAGGCUAAGGCAGGAAAAAUUCCUAUGGAGGUAACAAAUUUAAUUCGGCCAGAGCUUACCAAAGGUGAAAUAGCUUUAGAGGCUUGGUGGAGGUUGCUAAAUGCAUCGUAUGAUUCCACUCAGAAUAUUUUGCGACUAUUCUUAAUCACAGUAGAAGCUACCCAGAUUAUUCCAAUCUAUCCAGUAGUUCCCUUGGGAUUUCAGCUUGACAAGGAUUUGGUCAUGUAUUCCAGAGACUUGAAUAGGUGGGCACACAUGAAGGAUGGUGAGUGGCAAACAGUUAAUGUGCAGGGUUGUGUAAAAAGGGAAAACUUGGGUUUUGUAUGUGAUGAUAACAGUUUACAAGAACACCAUGAAUGCUUCUCCCCUCAACUUGUAAAUAGUUCUAUUUGCUCUUUUGAUGUAAUCCAAGAAGAAAUGUCUACUGUUGUGUAUACUGGGAAGGGGUGUAUUUGUGUAAGAACCCCAUGUGAGUUUGUUAUCAUUAAUGGCCUAGUAAUUCAACCAAUGCUGCCUUAUAUUAAUCGUUGUUUUUGCAAUAUUAGUGUGAUUGUAGGAUGUGAUUUCCAAUUUCGGGUACCUGUUUGGACUGUGAAACAUAUGAAGGCUUAUCCUGCUUUGUAUAGAGAAAUUUCUCCUAUUUCUCUUGGCCUUGGCCUUUCUACCCUGAAAAAUCUGCUUUCUCAUCCUUCCCUCAAGCAGGAAUUGUUGAAACUCAGAAACAUGGGUGAAAAUGCUACUCUGGAGAUUCACCACAGCAAUCAAGAGAUUGCCCAGAUUGUAGCCACAGUUAAGUCAGCUGGAGACCAUGCCUGGUGGGAAGUGCUUCUUGGAUGGUCACCAAGUUCUAAUGCUGUACUCAAUAUUGCCCUCCACCCAAUUAUAGUGAUUUUAAUCUUUCAAGUGGCACUGGUGAUUGGUUUGUUGGUACUUGUUGGGUGGAUGAAACGGCAAGCACACAGACUCCAUGAUCUAGAGGACCAGAUACAUGCUCCCAAAGCAAGGUUGUAAAGAAGAUAUUUACCAGAGCAAGACAUUUUCUUGACAUUCUCUGCUCUAUCAACAGGGUAACUUUUUCUAUAUAACCUCUAUUUUUGCCCCUUCCCAGCUCCACUUGGAUUUUGUCUCUCAGUUUCCAUCUUGUCUGUUCGUAGUUCUGGAUUGCCUGCUUCCAUAUAUCCCUAGCCACCCAUUAAGAUCGAUCUGGGACGUUCCUCUUAAAGAACCAUCUCCUAGAGAGGUGAGAGGGAUGCUGGCUAUCAGAAGGGCCUUCUUGACAGUGGCAUGCCACCUCUGGAAUAGGCUCUCCAAAGAGAUGUGCCUGGUGCCAUCAUUCCUAGCAUUUUGGCACCUGGCAAAGACUCACCUUUUCUGCAGUUAUUUUAAUUUUAAAGGCUAUCUGAUUUUAAAGUUGACCCCAUGUUUGGUUUUAGUCAAUUUUAGUUAUAUUGUUUGAUUUAAUGUUUGAUAUUAUAUUUUAAUCUCAAUAUAUUAUCUCUCAUAUCUGGAUUAUGUUGUUAAUAUGCUUUGAAUUAUGUUGAUAUAAUGUUAUUGUUUUUAGAAUGAUGUGUUGUUUUUAUAUUGUGAGCCAUGCAGAGAGCCCAGAUAUGGGUUAUUGUAGAGGCAUAUACAAUAAAUGAAUGAAUGAAUGUUGCUUAACUGGGAACUAAGGUAGCAGCUAAUGAUAAGGAAACUUGACUGCUAGGACUGGCUGCCAUCCUCUUUUAACAUGAAAAUGAGUUAGCUCAGGGCACCUAACCCUAAGUGCCCUACGCUAUUAAAUUUUUGAACUUUGGGAUGCACAAAAGCCCAAAUCCCUUACAGUCAGGACAACACACUACUACUUACUGAUAGUGACUAAAAUUCUUCAUGUUUAAUGACCUUCCACCUAGUAUCAAACACACUUAUCCAGCCUCUAAUGCUAUUAUUUUCAGAAAAUGGCACCUGCUGCUUUUUUAUCACUUUUUCCCCCACUCCCUUCCUUUCAGUGAAUAUUUUGGCUUUGAGUCUCCGAGACUGACCAGGUUCACAUGAAAUGAUGGCAAAUCAUGGUUUGAUCAUCCCACAAUUUGCUACUGUGUCUGUUGGGUGUAUGCCAUGGCUGUUUUGAAUAGUAAAACCCCAAUGGCACACAUUCUGUGGCAAAUCAUGGACUAGUUAUCCCAUGCUUUGCUGCCAUUUUGUGCGAAGAGGUGCCAGAACUGCUCUUGGACCCCUAAAUUGCAUUUUUAUUUAGGAAGGAGACCUGCCAUCUGCACUAUCCAAAUUAUUCUUUCUCAAUUCCUGCCUGUGUUUCUCCACAAUGCAACCAGUUCUGUAGUCUGGGAACAUUUAUGCUCCUGAAAUAGUUUUGUUGCUGUCUGAGUGGUUCCCUACCAAAGUCUGUAAGCCUGAAUUUAACAAAGCUACUAAGGAUCCUUCUCCUCUUCCUCUUUUUAUGCACCUCAGCCAAUUUACAGACAAAAUUUCUAAUUUUCUUUCCCCAGCUCCUUCCCAUUUUCAUCUUUGUGCUCCCUCUCUGCUUUGACACUGUUGCUUAGUCUUAGGCUUGCUACCACUUCCCUUUUUCAAAACUGUUGUGUCUGCAAUAGCAUUAAGUAACUUGACUGUAAUUUGAUCCUUGGUUAGGUUUUAAUAAAAAAUCCUAUUUAAUUAAAUUUGUAAGAUACUGAUCUAAAAAAGGGAGUCAAAUUGUCUUAACUUGAAUUAAAACAUGUAGAAAUUUAAAGCUAUUGAUAAUCCCAAACAACAGUUAACUACUGGUACCCAGUAAUUAAAUACCAGUACCCAUACUGUCAAAUGCCUGGGUGUAAAGGAAGGUUUAAAGUUGAUGUUGAAAAGUGCUGAUGCCAGAUGGGCUUCAGCGGGGGGAUCAUUCCCCAGUCAGAAGCAUCACUGAAAAUACCUUCUCCCUUGUUUCAGUUCUGAGCUUCCUCAGAGGAGCACUUGGGAUACUGCCUUAGGUGUUGACUGAUGUUUAUGGCUAUGUUCAUACAGUAAAAGCAUUUCAUCAAGUUUUAUGAACCUGAGCCCUGUACAGAGUUAUGUCAAAGUCAGCAUCUUGAAUUGGGCUCAGAAAAAUAUAGGUAACCAGUGUGAACAGGCCAGAAUUGGCAUUACAUGCUGUUCCAUUUUGCACAAGCUGCAGUUCUGAACCAUCUUCAGUGGCACUUCCACCACCAAAAGCUGGUAAAAUGUACUCUGCUCCACUCAGGCUGCCUAACCCUCAAGGGACAGCAAUAACUCCUGAGGAAAUCCCAAACCAGGAACCUGCUCCUUCAAGGGAAGUGCAGCCCUACCCACAACAGGCUGGAAACCCUGUACCUGGACACCAUGUAGGUCAGAAGAACUACCCAUUGACAACAUUUGGUUCUUCAUUAGAUUGAAUGCCAGGUUAUUAAUUCUCACCUAGCCCCUUGUCACAGCUAAAUACCAGUUUUCAGGAUUAAAUCUGAAGGUCUCAACUGUUUUGCCUCUUGAGAAUUCUGUGGAGACACUUUGAAUAGAGUGGGAACACUCUGCUAUCUGGACUAAAUACUUCCAAAUCACCUACAUUUUGCUCUUGUUGAAUUAGUUUUUGGGCUAACGUUAUUGAACUGAUUGAUGAUAAUGACUGAUAGCCUGUUCUCUGGCAGUAAUAGAUCACAUGCUGCCAAGAAAAUUAUACCACUAGCUUAAUUUCAUGAGUUUCCAAGAGCUCACCUUCUAGGACACAGAAAAUAGGUUCAAACAUGAGUAUUACAAGCAAGCAUGGUAACAGGGAUGAUCAAACUCUCACCUUUUCGUUUUUCUUUUGUUUUCUUUUUUCUUUUGUUGUUGAAAAAGGAAUGGUUGACUUUGCUGAUGGUCCAGUAACACUAAAGAGAAUCAGUGUAGGUGAUAGCAUAAUACUAACACUAGUCCUCAUUGGCUUUUAGAAAUUCAGGUCAAGGCAACUCUCUUCCAGACAACUUUUGGUUAACUGGCUUGGUUCAUUUGUUUCCACUGCUCUGGUCAACUUGCUGCUAAUUUUUGUAAGAUUCCUUAGAAAUUAGAUAUAUUUAUUUAAAAUAUAUUAGUUGUAUUGGAAAUUUUAACUAAAACAAGCUAUAAAUAUCUGAAUGGAAUAAAAUAGUCUUAGGCAGAUGUCUAAAACCACUGAGGAGAACCUGCUAGGCAUUACCACCCAGGAUUCUAUGUACUUGCUACUGUUGUUAGUUAUUUUAGAUUUAGCAUAUAGGCAAAAUAUUUGGCCAGGAGGUUUAGAUCCUUACACUUCUAUUUUAAUAUUUCAGUGUGUGAAAUGAUGGUCUAGAGGUAGUUAUCCUCUGGAUUCCUUCUGAAAGGAAUACAUUUCACAGGGGGUGUUCCUUUAUUUUUCAAGUCUGCAUGGUACUAUAAGGACAUUAUUCAUAGAGCAUAUGUUGAGAUUCCAUAAUAUAGCCCCACUGCUCUAUGAAUUUAAUUGAUUUCACUGGUCGGUAGUUUGCCUGUUCCUUUCAGAUGUUUUAUGAUCUAAUGUCCUUGGGAAGAGUUCCAGACGUUCUGGCUGUCUCUAGCAGUAGCAUGCACUUAGCAAUGCCUCCUGCGUUACAGCCUGUUGAAGCAGUAUGAAGUCUUGUCUGUCAAUGAGAUAUGCUUUGUCACCUGAGAAGGUCUGAGACUGUACAGGAGUGUUACUGCCAUACAUUGACCUGAAAAUAAUACACUUGGAAAAACAAAAAUAAGAGUUUGAACUCUUCUUAGGCAUAAAACAGUGUGUAUAUUCAUUAUCUAUUGAUACUUCGUUGUAAGGUCAGUUCUAGAAAUAGGCUGCUGAUAUAUUUGUGUACCCAGUGUUGAUAUAGUAUACUAAACUGCUAAUGUGUGCCCUCUCUUUUAACAGCCAAGAGUGAGAACAGGAAUAUUUGUCCUCCUAUGAUAUUUGCUUCUCUGGAAUCUAAAAAAUCAAAACUCAUUUUCAAGAUUCUUAGUGCAUACACAAAGUUGUACUUAAAAGAUUUUCAUCCAGCUCCACCUACCAUAUGGUGUCUUCUCUCUUUCCUUUGUGGCUGUACCAGGCAACCUGCGAAUGAUAGGAGUUGCAGUUCAACAAGGCUGCUGUAAUGUGCUGAUCAAUUGUGAGCCAUUAAGUCCUUCACUGAAUGUUUCUGAAGUACAAGGUGCCGUCAGUUCAUCAACACUGAGUUCCUUGAACACUAAUGGCUCUGAAAUUAUGAUGGAGUGAUCUUACUGAAGCUAAGCAGGUCAGGUCAUGAUAUAAGUGUAAGAAAUACCUUUUGUUUAUCAGUUGCAUAUAUAUCCUGAAUAGAAAUAAAGCAUUAUGUAAUAUGU